CCACUCGGAGGCGGUCCCAUGGUAACCAGGGAGGGUUCGCAGGUCACAACAGACGACGUCCGCCCUUCGUCGGAGGCGGUCGACGCAUAGCGCGAGGUUCGCGAUUUUCCCGCGCCCGAGGUCCGUCUCAUCGCUGCGAUUCGUGACGAUCGUCAUCACGGCCACCCGGAUCACCAACAGGCGACAUGACUUCCUGAAAGCGUGCGCGUGCCCAGUCAACGAGCGGAUUUUAAUCCCGCAAGCGGAGCCGAAUCUUAUCCUAGAAGCUGGGUCGCCCUCGCGACCCGAACCGCGACCGAGGUGGCGUGGGGCACGGCUGUGAUGGAGUUACAGAGCUGGCUUCUCUACCAUCUCGUGGCCGUGACCGACUGCAAUCAAGGUACGAGUCGAGCCGAAUAAGCGAUCCCUCCAACUUCGGCCCACCGUCUUCCUGGUCCCGAAAGUCAUCCUCGAGACCUACGGCAUGAAAUUCCCCCACGUGGUCGUUACCCAACCGUUUCUCCCUUUCACUUAAUUCAGUUCGCUUCCUUGGUUUCGCCUGAGUUCGGGCCCGGCGCAGCGCCUUUAUUUCGUUUUUCCGAAUUCCAUUGUCGUUCCGGAAGAGGAGCCGUACCGAUGUUCGAUGUGAUGCAGUCGGCGGCUACAGGUGGCGGAGCCUGUCCCGUGGGGGGCACGGGAAGUCGAGCUCGAGAUUUGGGUCUGCGAGCCCAGAAGAAGUUGCUGGGACGCGUAGUCUCCAGCGGAGCUGGGAGGUCGCUGCUGAUCGAUGACGCUACGACUUCCCUCUUGGACAAUCUGUACAAAUUGAUGGACAAGGCGGCUAGAGCCAAUCCCACGCUGGACAAGAAGCAGCCGGAGAAGGUCCUGAAGAACAUCGUUAAGUUGUCGAUCAAGAUAGGACUUCUGCAGCGGAAUCAGCAACUGGGACCAAUGGACGAGGCGAAGUUGGCGGAGAUCAGGACGGCCCUCAGGGCCGUGGCGAUGGCGGUGGUGUCCUUCUACGAGCUGGAGUUCAGCUUCGACAAGGCGUACUUAACCAGGUCCCUGGAAAGGUGCAGAACGGCGGUGAGGCUCCUGAUAAAACCCCACCUCACGGACAAGUCGCAGGACCGGUGCGACCAGGUCUUCGACUUCCUGUGCCACCCGGACUUCCUGGACUCGGUCUUCGGGCAGGACUCGGAGCAUCGAGCCACCCUCGGCCUCCUGGUCGGCGACGUCAACAAGGCGCUGGACGCCGGUCAUCUCUGACUCCCGAGGGACUCUCUCCAAGGAGAGGAUCUGGGCGCUCCCGAAGGGGUGCCCUUAGUCGUUAAUGCGUUUCCUACCUCCAGGACGGUCGCGGAACCCGGGGAUCCAGCGAUCGACCACUCUCGGUCGCGCUCGUAUUUAUUAUAAUUCAUAAUUUAUUUCCAUCCUCUUAUUUAUACGCCAGAGCGGGGCGGCAAUAACCGCGGGAAUACUCUGAUAAUCGUUAUCAAUCGGGCUGUACACCGAAGAGGAGAUGCGAUCGCACCUUCGAGUCAUUGUGAUCCCCAAGGCGGAGUCCAGGAACCUCGUGUCGUCGAUCGAGUGACGAAUUAAGCAAUCAAUGAUAUCGUUUCGGGAUCGACCUCGGCUUAUGUACAUCGGAGGACGUGAAUGCCUUCCCUGCAGAUAUGGCAUUGCGAAUGUACGAAGAGAUGGCAUCGAUGUCCUCCACUGUACACCUUCGAUUUUCUGGGGGUCGACGCGUCCGCACUCAUCACUGGUACAUAUCACUCUUUAUCAAACCGUGGCAUAUCAGUUUCCCUUUCCAUUCACAAAGGGUUCUUAACGAAUCCCUCGACACUCAGCUCGGUGGAAUGUUCUGUGUACCUCUUUUCUUAUUUUCUUCCCUCUUCGGUAAAAAAUCCGCACUCGUAACCUGAUCAGUCUUUCACGUCACACAUUUUAUACACAGUCUACACCGUUCGUCGUGAUACGCGGAGAAUUACAGGCACAACCUGCCAUUGUACCCAUAAAUAUAUAUAAAUAUAUACAUAUAUAUAUUACGAAUAAAUUAUUUGUAAAAAUGAA